AACCAGUUAGCACGUGCCCCCGCAGAACACUGCAAUGCUUCACAAGGUGACGGCCGUGGCACUGGUGGUAUUGGUGGCGGGGGUGGUGGUGGGCAGUGAAGCAGCGGGGUUCAGGAGGAACAAGAACCCUAUCUUACCUCAGCAUCCAUACCACAGAGACCGAGCCCCAGCUUCUCCUAAAGGGCUACAAGACAGUAGUAAAAUUAUUGACACUGUUGUGAAUGUGUUACCGGAACUCACUUCGGUCAUCAAAAACGUGACGAAGGGGGCGAGCGAGAAGCAGAUCAAUAACUUAAAAAAAGUCACUCAGUACUUUGGACCCACCAUGCACAUCUUUUUUGAACUUAUGUCUGGUAAAAGACUCUCUUGGGAGGAACGUAACAUGAUUGAUCAAGUCGGGGGCCUGUCGAAAAUAAUUUCCUCGUCUCUCACACAAUCCAACAAAGAGACAAAUAUCCCUCUGCCGGAUUACACUGACCUUCUGGAGGACCCCGCCGCCACUGACGCUGGGGUUGACAUUACUUUGGCAGCAGAUGAGCCCCGAAGUGAUUCCUUAUUCAUAGAAGUUUCUCAAGCCUCGGAUCCCCUCAGAGACACAAUCGAACCCAUAGAACAUGUACCUGCUUCUUUAACUUCUUCAAGAAUAAGGACUGAGAGACCAGAUGACGUUGGUGUUCGAACGUCUGGAAUUCAAACGAGACCAAGAAUGGCAAGGCCGAAGAAAACAACUUCCAUCCCUCAUUUUAACAUUAAGAAUCCAUUUGGAACAUUCACUGAGGACGAACAAACGAAGGAGGCAGAGCAAAGAACCUUGUCACCAUUCAAGCAGCCGAGUUGGGAGACUCAACCUUUCCAUUGUGUCGCCAAACCACACGCUGUCUCCUUCACCAAGGAUGUCCAGACAGAGACAGGGAAGAGAACUCUGAUUCCCCGGACGCAGGCAAGCCCCGUGAGUGUGAGACCAUCCACCACAAAUAGGCGGUACACUCCUUCACAACUUCUGAGGCGACAACUAUUUGGACACAUCCAGUCCACCACCUCUUCACCCCCCCGCAACUCAGACAUCAGGUUCCCUCCCCUUCCAGUGGUCAGGACCCGCACUGGGCGCCGAGCAGUUGUUCGACGUCGACGGCUCAUCACGACUGAGUGAAACACGCUUAAAAUGGUAGACAUAAUAAUUUUCUGAUGAAUAAUUAAUCUAUCUAUCUAUUUAUUCUUCAAGAUUAGCGAACCUUAUAUUAUGUCUGCAACGAGUAAGACGGAUACAGCAUAUUGAAUUGUCUCCCAGAAGAAAGCAUGAAUGAAUAAAACUAUUUUGCUUACAGGAACGAUGAUACCAGGAAAAAAAAAACGCCAAUUCUACUCUCAGGUGACAACAGAGGGUCCAGGACCAACCCUGAACGAUCCUUGACUGACCCGACUCUCCCUUUAACGAGAGAGAGAGAGAGAGAGAGAGAGAGAGAGAGAGAGAGAGAGAGAGAGAGAGAGAGAGAGAGAGAGAGAGAGAGAGAGAGAGAGAGAGAGAGAGAGAGAGAGAGAGAGAGAGAGAGUAUUUUACUUAUCUAUGAAUUUAAUGUUCUGACAGCUAUGUGAAGGAUGCCUUAUUUUGUGUAAAGACUAUAACCUAUGCAGUGUAGUGAAUUAAGACUAUAAUCUAAGCGGUGUAGUGAAUGCAGGAAACUACAAUUAUGUAAUGUAUCUAUAUAUUGAUAUCGAUUAAUUAAUUCAUCAAUCGAUCUGUCUAUUUUAUUUACCUUUGUCUAUUUAAUAAUUAUUUAUAUAACGAUGUAUGUAUAUGAUGUGUGUGUACAUUUUAAAAGAUUGAUAGAGUAAAAGAAGAAUAUACA